GCAUGGUGUGGGAACAUCGGACUAUCAGCGGCCCGAAACGUGGACGAAUAUCGGCACAUCGGGGCCACGGCGAACUCAGAACCUCCGAUCCAUCACAUGCAUGAGAUCGACGGCCGAAUCUAAUCCAAACAGUUGGACGAUACAUCGAAUGCUUUCGAGGUCUUGAAAGAUAUCCGGCAAUCUGACAGAUAGUCAAGGAUAUAAAAUCAUUCGCACAAAUGUCAACAUGGAGGCAACGAAUUGAGCCUCAUCGCCAUCCCCUUCUUUCCCUCCUCGUCAUUUUCCUCGUCUGGAAAGCCUGUCUAGUGGGCAUUAUAUUAUUCAGCCCAUGGUCUGGCUAUGACACAGAUUGUGCAGAAGCUGUCUACGACAAACCAACGUCUCCACAUCUAGCGCUGUCAUCGAGAUGGUUGCUCCGGUUCCUUCGCUGGGAUGCCGUGUACUUCACCGAUAUUGCCCGGGACGGUUACCGCUACGAGCAGCAAUGGGCGUUUAGUUGGGGCUUUGCGACGUUAAUUCGAUAUGUUGCCGAUUGCAUCCAUCCCGCAUCGUCAUCAAUCUUAAACUACAUCUGGUCUGGCUUGAUCAUCACGAAUACGUCCCACCUCUUAUCGGUUUUUGUCCUCUACUACCUCACGCUGUUUAUUACGGGAUCUUCAAACCACGCAGGUUUUGAUGACUCAAUUGCAUUCACCACUGCUGCGCUCCACGUCCUUUCCCCGGCUGGUGUCUUUUUAACUGCCCCCUACGGCGAAUCACUAUUCUCCUUUUUACACUUCACGUCUCUCUACUUCUAUCUCCAGUCCCUCUACCACAGCAACAAGGCUUUAUUCACAUCUCCGUCUCCUCUUAGACACCUUUGGCUGCUCCCCUCCGCCAUCUUGCUGUCCCUUGCCGUUCUCCCCCGCAGCAAUGGCCUCUUCAGCGGGGCGAUCUACCUCCUCGACCUUCUCUCCACCCUCUCUCACCCCCUAGCCCGCCUCCCAUUCUUCCGCCGUAUCCUCUCCGCCACCCAGCAAUUCUUUACUUCUCCGCCCCUAUUCGCCACUCGCGCACCAACCCACCCGCUCCUUCGAGCAUCACUCAUCAUCCCGUCGGGCCUUCUCGUCCUCCUUACAUUCUCAUACCCGCAAUAUCUCGCGUGGCAGCAGUUUUGCGGUGCGUCCUCCGCAGUUCGCGAACCCCGGCCGUGGUGCAAGAGCUUCCCCCCAAGCAUAUAUGCCUUUGUCCAGUCGACGUACUGGGACGUGGGGUUCCUGCAUUACUGGACGGUCCCGAACUUGCCGCUGUUCGUCAUGGUAGCGCCAGCGCUGUGUCUAUUGAUUCAAAGUAGUAUGGCGGCGAUAAGGGGGGAGCUUGUGUUUGAGCGAUCGCCCAUUUCUCGUGAGAAGAUUGGGAAGGAAUCGAGGUCAGGAGGUGCCUCUGAUGGAGUGAAGAAGGCGAGGAAAGAUGAUGACGAAGGACAAGAGAUACAGAAGAUGGUGCUAGCGCGCCUUGCCAUUCCGCAGCUCCUGCUCGCGGUCACAGCCAUCAUGUCCUACCAUGUGCAAAUUGUUCUGCGGCUUUGCAGCGGAUAUCCGUUGUGGUAUAUGGCUGUUGCUUUGGCCGUUCAGGGCCGAUGGCAGCUCACAUUGAUGGUGCCGUUCACAACUUGGAGGAUGGUGGUGCCGCCAAAAGCGAUUGUGAUGUGGAUGAUCAUCUACGCAGGCGUACAGGCGGGAUUAUAUGGGGCGUUCUUGCCUCCUGCAUAAGAAAAAGUCGCUCAAGGCUGCAUUGUCUAUUGUAGAGUAUCAGAAAAGUAACAUCGGUCGAGAGUUAACGAAUGCUAUUGUAUGGGAUCCAGUGUUAGAAAAACCAUGGCGCAUAUAUGGAAUUCCCCAAUUUCCCCCGAUCGACCCCGAUGCAGAUCCAAUUCCAUCCCUGAAUUAAUACACGAUAUGAGAAUCAUAAAUGUGAUUUUGAAAUGAAGGGCUCCACGUGCAAGACGCUUGCAAAUUGAUACCAACCAGCCGAAAACACCUAUCGACCGGACCUAGGUCCGACUACUUGU